AUGGCCGAAGAUGACAGCCAGCAGCCCGUUGCCAUCGCAGCUCUUGUGAUUGCAAUUGCAGCACUCUUCGCAGCCGAACUGCAAAUCUUGCAGGCAAUUUUCGCAUCAGCUCGAGGACUUCCGAACUGCAACGAAGUUGUGAUGGGAAAAUGGUCCAGAGGUACAAAAAUCAGGCCCAAAUUCAAGCAUCUGCGUCUGGAGGUCAGGUUUGAAGCGCCUGUCAUUUUUCUUGCUCCUCCGAAAAACACGAAAAAGCCGGAAGAUAGUGAGAUGUGGUCCGCCGAAGGCACCAUGGAGAGUUGUAAGAAGAACCGCCUGGAUUACGCCGACCUGUCCAAAAGCUCAGGUUCCGAAGGUAUGGACUCCUCCGUGCACACAGUUGAUAUGGAGCUUGCGACGUGGGUCUAUCUAUUGAUCGCCAUUGAGACGAUGGAAAAAGUUUCGAAGGAUUGGGAAAGUCUGAAGAUUAAGGAUGAGAGUCGUCAAAAGACCGUCAAGACUUAUCUACCGGAACCAACCUUUGCGGCAAUGAUCCGAGGCAAAGAGCAAAGUUCCCCGCAAGAACCAACCUUGGCAGUCAUGAUCCAAGCGAAAGAGCGAAGUUUCGACACAGUUCCGGCGAUGAAGAAGCCGUUCGCCACAACAACAAUAUCUCACAUGGUUGAACUCGCGGCCAUACUGGGGGUCUACUGGAAAGUGUUUGACCGAGACAACAAUCAAUACCGCGCAGAAGGAAACGGAUACAGCCUCACAGGCUCUCGCAUACCCGAUCUCGGCAUCCAAUUUGUCUUCGAAAAGACUGGUCACACGGCAUUCGAGGCGAGACGAGUCAUACCCACGUCAGAGGUAAAGGAACUUUGUUUUGGUAGAGUUCCUACACUGUUCCGAAAGAAGAUCAAUAAAGAUGAGGACGUUGAGUGGCAGAGACCUCUCAUGACCUCUUCUGGGACAGGGAUCAAACUUGAGAUCCUGCAAAUGGGCAGCACCAAAGAGAUUGCAGAGACACUCACACAGAUUGGAUGCAACGGCAGCACUACGCUGUACUACACGGAGGGGAAGAAGCACCGUCAUCUUUUCCCAGUCACCUUUGAAGUCCUCGGAAUGCUCGCGAGAGUUCUGCAUAUUGACAAGCGGUGUUUCCGCUUUUUGCCCAAUCCGACCAUCUUCCCUUGGGACAGGGAAUCGUUUUCGCUUCCACGGCUACUUGCCGCAUUUAGCAGUUUCAUCAUCGACGAUCUCAAAGCAAUCAAAGAGAUGAAGAUUCUUCCGGACGAUUCCAUGGAAAGCGGGAUUUUGACUGCAAUCACAAAUAUUCAGGUCCUUUCAGACUCGGCCGAAGCUUUGCACAAUGCCGUUAAGAACGAUCCGAGACUAAGUUGCGACCGAAUGACUGCUCUCCACCAAGCCAUAGUGAUGGCAGACGGCAUGCUCGUAGAAGAGGAUAUUGUCUUGGACGUCAUGCGCCGUCACCUCCAAGAAGUGUUGGCGGCCAUCAACAACCCAGUCUCUGGAGAUGAGGUUCGGGUGUCUUUCGACCAUCUACUCGACAUACCGCUGGAGAUGAGGGAGUGGAGGUUCAUGGAAACGUACUUCAAUAGUAUCCUCUGGCGAGCUACAAGUUCUGCCAAGAAUAGCAAGAGGGACGAUGAAGUCGUUUCACAGGCCAUACACGAAGACACCGAAAUACGUCAGCUUCACAAUGAAAAUGAUCAACCACUUUCCGCUAACGCUGCUUUUGCACCAAUGUUAGGAACGAGCCCUAUUAUCGGUGGAUCCCAGACCGAACCAAUGCCGCCUACGCCCGGCAUAAGCAAAAGAGAAUCAUGGCCUCACCGAGCUGAGACCGAAGAGCACGAAAGAUCAGGGACCUCCAAGGUGAAACACAUUUCCAAACAACGCGGCUGGACAACGAUUGCGUCCAAACAUGUUGAAAUGCAACGCGUAGCUGUGUGGUAUACACUGGUUUUUCGGAUGAUUUGCUGGUUGAUGUUGCACGACUUUGACAAGAAAGACGUGCAGUUGCCGAAGAGCGAGUUGAUUGGGAACAGACAAACAGUCUUCAUUGUGUGA